AUGAAUUGUCUAUCUCUAAAUAUAAGAGGAGUGGGCGAUGCAGAGAAAGUAAAAUGGGUGAGAAGGCUGAAAGAGAAACACAAAGUAUCUUUUAUUGGACUACAGGAGACCCAAAUUUUAGAUUACUCUCGUAUUGAUGUAAAUGGGUGUUGGGACUCAAAUGAAUUCGAUUUUGAAGGUGUCGGCUCUAACGAGGGCAAUUUGAAUUUGGUCAAUGUAUACGGGCCGCAGUCGAGGUCUGAGAAAAAGAAGCUGUGGGAGGAUCUAACAAGGAUAAGGGAUGAAAAGCAAGGGUAUUGGAUUGUGUUUGGAGACUUUAAUGUGGUUAGAUAUCCCAGCGAAAGGUGUCAUUCAAGGUUUUGCCCAUCCAGCGCUUACGCCUUCAACAAGUUCAUUCAAGAUGCUGAUCUAAAGGAGUUUAAUAUGGGUGGGGAAAAAUUUACUUCUAUGAGUCGUAGUGACGCCAAAUUAAGUAAGUUGGACAGAUUUUUGGUCUGCUCGGGUUACCUCAACUCCUUUCCUCUUAGUGCGGUGACUGCCCAUCCCCGUGAACUAUCGGAUCACAGCCCCAUCACCUUACAAUCGGUUGUUGCAGACUUUGGGCCUAUUCCGUUCAAGUUGUUUAACUCCUGGAUUCUCAAAGAGGGCUUUGAUAAGUUGGUAAUUGAUACUUGGAGCCGAUUUGUGGGAUACGGCACCCCUGAUGCUUAUUUGGCAGCUAAACUGAAAUUCCUGAAGAAUGUGAUUAGAAAGUGGAGGAAGGAAGCGUGCAAGAGAGAGUCAAAAGAGUUAGAUGACUUGAUAAGUAUGGGUAAGAACUUUGAGAAGCAGGCAGAAAUCAGACCCCUAACAGCUUUGGAGAUUGGUAAGUGGAAUGAAGGCAUUAAAAAGAUUGAAUAG